AUGGUGCUCACCUGUUUUCUGUCUCUGGGUCUUGCAGCCCCCCCCACCGUGCGGAUCGUGCACUCGGGCCUGGCGUGCAACAUCGAGGAGGAGCGCUACUCGGAGAGGGUCUACACCAUCCGUGAGGGCGAGACGCUGGAGCUGACCUGCCUGGUCACUGGCCAUCCUCGACCACAGAUCAGGUGGACCAAAACAGCAGGAAGUGCCUCUGACAGAUUUCAAGACUCGAGUGUCUUCAAUGAAACCCUGAGGAUAUCCAACAUCCAGCGACACCAAGGAGGACGCUACUACUGCAAGGCUGAGAACGGCUUGGGUUCGCCAGCCAUAAAGUCCAUAAGAGUGGACGUGUACUAUUUGGAUGAUCCAAUAGUAACAGUCCACCAGAGCAUCGGGGAAGCAAAAGAGCAAUUUUACUAUGAGAGAACGGUGUUUCUCAGGUGCGUUGCCAACUCCAAUCCGCCUGUUCGCUACAGCUGGCGACGCGGCCAAGAGGUAUUGCUGCAAGGGUCUGAUAAAGGAGUAGAGAUCUAUGAGCCCUUCUUUACCCAGGGAGAAACAAAGAUCCUGAAGCUGAAGAACCUCCGACCUCAGGAUUACGCGAAUUACAGCUGCAUUGCCUCGGUGAGGAAUGUCUGCAGCAUCCCUGACAAGAUGGUGUCCUUCCGACUCUCUAAUAAAACAGCAUCCCCUUCAAUUAAGCUUCUUGUGGAUGACCCGAUAGUGGUGAACCCUGGCGAAGCGAUCACCUUAGUCUGUGUGACGACAGGAGGGGAGCCAGCCCCCAGCCUGACAUGGGUGAGGUCUGCCAGCAUCCUGCCCGAGAAGACGGUCCUGAACGGUGGCACUUUAACGAUACCUGCCAUCACGUCAGAAGAUGCUGGCACGUACAGUUGCAUUGCCAAUAACAAUGUUGGAAAUCCUGCGAAAAAGUCCACCAACAUCAUUGUAAGAGCCCUAAAAAAAGGACGUUUUUGGAUCACCCCUGACCCAUAUCACAAAGACGACAACAUCCAGAUUGGGCGAGAGGUGAAAAUCUCCUGCCAGGUGGAAGCCAUCCCUUCUGAAGAGCUUACAUUUAGCUGGUUUAAAAAUGGACGUCCCUUGCGAAGCUCUGAAAGGAUGGUCAUCACACAGACUGACCCCGACGUUUCACCUGGCACCACAAACCUGGACAUCAUUGACUUGAAAUUCACUGACUUUGGGACGUACACGUGUGUUGCGUCUCUGAAGGGAGGUGGCAUAUCGGAUAUCAGCAUUGAUGUCAACAUCUCCAGCAGUACAGUCCCACCCAAUUUGACUGUUCCUCAAGAAAAGUCACCCCUGGUCACCCGGGAAGGGGACACGAUCGAGCUGCAGUGCCAGGUGACAGGGAAGCCCAAGCCCAUCAUUCUCUGGUCCCGAGCAGACAAGGAGGUCGCGAUGCCAGACGGGGCGAUGCAAACAGAGAGCUACGAUGGGAUCCUGAGGAUAGUGAACAUGUCCAGGGAGAUGACGGGAACCUACAGGUGCCAAACCAGCCAAUACAACGGGUUUAACGUGAAACCCAGAGAAGCUUUGGUACAGCUCAUUGUACAGUACCCCCCUGCUGUGGAGCCCACCUUCCUGGAGAUUCGGCAAGGCCAAGGCCGGAGCAUCACCAUGAGCUGCCGGGUGCUGAGGGCAUAUCCCACCCGGGUCCUCACCUACGAGUGGCGCCUGGGCAGCAAGCUGCUGCGCACCGGCCAGUUCGACGUGCAGGACUACACCGAGUACACCGUCAGCAGCCUCUCCCGCGACAGCUACGGCAUCUACAACUGCAACAUCAUCAACGAAGCGGGCGCUGGCCAGUGCAGCUUCCUGGUGACAGGCAAAGCCUACGCUCCCGAGUUCUACUACGACACCUACAACCCCCUGUGGCAGAACAGACCCCGAGUCUAUGCCUACAGUCUCCAGUGGACCCAGAUGAACCCCGACGCUGUGGACCGCAUCCUUGCCUAUCGCUUAGGGAUCAGGCAGGCUGGACAACAGCGUUGGUGGGAACAGGAAAUUACAGUGAAUGGAAAUAUUCAAAAGGGAGAAUUAAUUACCUACAACCUAACUGAGCUGAUCAAGCCAGAGGCGUAUGAAGUCCGUCUAACGCCCAUCACCAGAUUUGGGGAGGGGGACUCAACUAUUCGGGUCAUCAAGUAUAGUGCUCCAGUAAAUCCACAUCUACGAGAGUUCCACUGUGGGUUUGAGGAUGGUAACAUUUGCCUUUUCACUCAAGAUGACACAGACAAUUUCGACUGGACAAAACAAAGCACUGCCACUAGAGACACAAAAUAUACCCCGAACACGGGGCCAAACGCAGAUCGGACUGGCUCCAAGGAAGGUUUCUACAUGUACAUUGAGACGUCGCGCCCCAGGCUGGAAGGAGAAAAGGCCAGACUCGUUAGUCCUGUCUUCAGUGUCGCUCCAAAAAAUCCUUACGGAGCUACGAACACGGCCUAUUGUUUUAGCUUCUACUAUCACAUGUAUGGACAGCACAUAGGAAGCUUGAAUGUUUACCUGCGGUUGAAAGGUCAGACCGCAAUAGAGAACCCGUUGUGGUCUUCAAGUGGAAAUAAGGGACAGCACUGGAACCAAGCCCGCGUUAAUAUAAACCCCCCGACUUCAUUUCAGCUCAUAUUUGAAGGGAUCCGGGGCCCUGGCAUCGAAGGUGAUAUUGCUAUUGAUGAUGUAUCAAUUGUGGAAGGAGAGUGUAUGAAAUCAGACCAACCGGCCAACAAUUUACGAUCAGGUGCUGUUGGGACAUUAGCGCAUAUACGACUUAUCCCAGUUAUCAUCCUCAUGUCUGUCUUAAGUCAUCAGAGGUGACCUUAUCCUGGCAGAGGCUACAAAAGAUUCACCAGGCACUGGCAUGAAGAAAGAGUCUUUGUAAAAUGGACAUUUAAAAACAAACUACCAAAGAUUCCUCCACUGACUGACUCAAAAGUUAAAUAAAUACAUAAAUAAAUAAAAAAAAAUUAAAAAGCACUGGGGACAUAAAAGGCAUCACAGGAGUGUAACUCACUAUGAACCACGCGUGAGAAUGAGAUCUGGCCUAAGUAAGGAAGAGACCUUCAGGUGCUUUUGUGGUCAAUAAUGAAUACAGCAUCAUCUGGUUGAACUCUCGGAAAAGAGCUAUAGAAACCCUUGUCAAAGCACAAAGUCAUGGCUGGUUUUGUUUCAAAUGAAUAGUUUGCUUGUUACCAUGGAAACCUAAUGGCCUGCCAAAAAAAAAAAAAAAGGAAGGAGAGAGAGAGGAAAUAAAAACAAAAACAGAGAGAGAGAGAGAGAGAGAGAAACACCUCACUGUAAACAGGGUAUGUGAAGAGCUGGCAUUCAUUUUCCCUUCAAGAAGGUUUUUAGUAUAGAGUUAAAUAAAUGUAGGCCCUUUCUACUUUGGCUGUCACCUCCCCUAGAGAAUAACCCUAAAUCAGAGCUGUUUUAAGACAUUUAUGUUUCAUUUCUCAUGGCUAUGCUUGAUAACUGUAUGCUGUCUCCUUUUGCAUGCAUUACUAUCCAGGAUGUGCGACCUGGGCUUACAUAUUACACAGGCUUAUCGGAG